AUGGAGUUAGAGAUGACUACAUUCCGAGGCCAGCAAGCAUGCAAGCAAACAGCCAAACGCACUUCAGGAGGAACAAAGGAAGAAGGCGACCGGGAGAUUACAAGUAGCCGGGAAAGUCCCCCAGUCAGGGCCAAGAAACCUCGAAAAGCGAGGACAGCCUUCUCAGAUCACCAGCUUAACCAGCUGGAGCGGAGUUUCGAGCGACAGAAGUACUUGAGUGUGCAGGAUCGCAUGGACCUCGCCGCCGCUCUCAAUCUCACCGACACCCAGGUUAAGACCUGGUAUCAGAACCGGAGGACGAAAUGGAAAAGGCAGACUGCGGUGGGCCUGGAGUUGCUGGCUGAGGCUGGGAAUUACUCUGCGCUUCAGAGAAUGUUUCCGUCCCCCUAUUUCUAUCAUCCGAGUCUGCUGGGCAGCAUGGACAGUACCACAGCCGCGGCAGCCGCUGCCGCCAUGUACAGCAGCAUGUACCGGACUCCUCCCGCACCCCAUCCGCAGCUCCAGCGGCCCCUUGUGCCCCGGGUUCUGAUCCAUGGCCUGGGGCCCGGGGGCCAACCGGCUCUCAACCCUUUGUCCAACCCUAUCCCGGGGACCCCGCACCCCCGAUGA